AUGAAAGGGACAAGUUACCGUGAAGCUAUAAGCACAAAAGAAAGACUGGCAGUGGCUCUCAGAUUUUUAGCCACAGGGAAUUCAUUUACAUCAUUGGCAUUUAAUUUUCGAAUGGGAUUCAGCACCGUGCGAGAAAUUGUACGCGAUGUCUGCGAAACAAUUUGGAAUAAAUUGAGCCCAAUGUACAUGCCAGAACCUACACCGUUGAUGUGGGAAAAAUCUGAAGAGGGAUUUAGAAGUUACUGGAAUUUUCCUAAUUGCUGUGGUGCAUUGGACGGAAAACAUGUAAAUAUCACUUGUCCAAUAAACGGUGGUUCAGAUUUUUGGAAUUAUAAAGGUGAAAAUUCAAUAGUGCUGCUGGCAUUAGUGGAUCCUAAAUAA